ACACACACACAUAUGGGCAGCUUACAUUUUCAUAGUGACAUUUUACCAUUAUCCACUAGUAAAAUUUUGCAUUCAGUGACGAUUUUGGUACAGCACAUUUACACGAAAACCUGAAAAUUGCCCAUCAGCAAUUAUCCGAAAAUCAGUCAGACAAGCCAAUUCUAGUGGAAUAGUUUUGUGUCGUGGGAAAAAAUCGAGAGAAGCACACAAAAUGGGUGGACACGGACACGGUCACCAUCACGAACCAUACACAGUUCCAAAACCAGAAACCUACAAUAAUCAAGUGGAAAAGAUUUGGGAACUCAACUAUUUACAAAAUGAAUUAGCUAAACGUGGUCUUAAGGAUCCAUGGAUUAGAAACGAAGUCUGGCGAUACAACUAUAAAGUUUGGGGCAAUCCAAAAUUGCGUUGGUUCAAAUUUUUGUUCGCCGGUUUACCAUUGGGCGCUGCUUGUGCUGCUGCCACUAUCGCUUACGAAGAAUAUACCGGAGUUUAUGCUGAUCAUGGUCACGGUGACCACGGGCAUGGCGACCACGGUCACAGUGGUGGACACCACUAAAUUUGAUCACCAACAUAAGGCGGUUGUAGAUGAAUGUCAGUUAAAAGAACAGAAAAUGAGUUACAUUAUUCGCUAUUGAAUCAAUAUGAUGAACAUGUUUUUAUUUCGAAUAAAGCAUAAAAGCACCACAUCA